GAAAAAAGAACAGUGAAUGUUAAAAUUAAGUGUUGGAUAUAAUAUAAUAUAAUAUAUACUCAUACAACCCCAACACAACAAUUUCCACACCAAUAUAUUCAAUCAUUUUUUCUCACUGCAUGCAUGCAAUUGCAUGCCCAUUGUUUAUGGUCUACGUCCUCAUUUUGGAACAAAGCUCGAAUAAUUUCAAAUUCUCGAGCAUCACAUUAAACCUCCACAAUGGGCACUGCAGUUAAUAUAAUAGUAGGGUCUCAUGUAUGGGUUGAGGACCCUGAUGUAGCUUGGAUUGAUGGAGAAGUAAAGAAAAUAACAAAUGGGGAAGCAGAGAUUGAGAGGACUGAUGGAAAGAAGGUUGUUAGGAAAUUGUCAACAAUUUAUCCAAAAGAUGUGGAAGCUCAGGCUGCGGGUGUGGAUGACAUGACCAAAUUAUCCUAUUUGCAUGAGCCUGGAGUACUGCAGAACCUCAAAACCAGAUACGAGCUCAAUGAAAUUUACACUUAUACAGGAAAUAUCUUAAUUGCGAUAAAUCCAUUUCAAAAAUUGCCUCAUUUGUAUGAUUCACACAUGAUGCAACAAUACAAGGGAGCGCCAUUUGGAGAAUUAAGCCCUCAUGUCUUUGCCAUCGCAGAUGUUGCUUACAGGGCAAUGGUCCAUGAGGGGAAAAGCAAUUCUAUUCUGGUUAGUGGUGAAAGUGGAGCUGGUAAAACCGAGACGACCAAGAUGCUUAUGCGAUAUCUGGCCUUUCUGGGUGGACGUGCAGCGACUGAAGGGCGUACAGUGGAGCAACAAGUCCUUGGUUCUAAUCCUGUUCUUGAAGCAUUUGGCAAUGCAAAGACUGUUAGAAAUAACAAUUCCAGUCGUUUUGGCAAAUUCGUUGAGAUUCAGUUUGACAAACAUGGAAGGAUAUCAGGAGCAGCAAUCAGGACGUAUCUCCUCGAGAGAUCCCGUGUUUGCCAAAUUUCUGAUCCUGAGCGCAACUACCACUGCUUUUACCUUCUUUGUGCGGCCCCCCAAGAGGAGAUUGAGAAGUAUAAGCUGGGCCAUCCCAAAUCAUUUCGCUAUCUUAACCAGUCAAAGUGCUUUGAGCUAGUUGGUGUGAGCGAUGCAGAAGAGUACCUUGCGACUAGAAGAGCAAUGGAUGUCGUGGGAAUUAGUAAAGAGGACCAGGAAGCAAUUUUUAGAGUUGUUGCCUCAAUUCUUCAUCUUGGUAAUAUUGACUUUGCAAAAGGACAAGAGGUCGAUUCAUCAGUUAUUAAAGAGGAAAAAUCAAAACACCAUCUCAAAACUGCAGCGGAGCUUCUGAUGUGUGACCAUGUAGCUUUGGAAGAUGCAUUGUGCAAAAGGGUGAUGAUCACCCCUGAAGAAGUGAUAAAACGAAGUCUUGACCCUCGCAGUGCUGAAAUAAGUAGGGAUGGUCUGGCUAAAACAAUAUAUUCUAGACUGUUUGAUUGGUUGGUGGACAAGAUUAAUGUUUCAAUAGGACAAGAUCCCAACUCUAAAUAUCUCAUUGGAGUCCUUGAUAUCUAUGGUUUUGAAAGCUUUAAGCACAACAGCUUUGAGCAAUUCUGCAUAAACUAUACAAAUGAAAAGUUGCAGCAACAUUUCAAUCAGCAUGUCUUCAAGAUGGAACAAGAAGAAUACAAAAGAGAGGCCAUUGAUUGGAGCUAUAUAGAGUUCGUGGAUAACCAGGAUGUUUUAGAUCUUAUUGAAAAGAAACCAGGUGGAAUUGUUGCUCUUCUAGAUGAAGCUUGUAUGUUCCCGAAGUCAACACAUGAAACAUUCUCUAACAAGCUAUAUCAGACAUUCAAAGUUCACAAGCGCUUUGUUAAGCCCAAACUGUCUCGUACAGAUUUCAUAAUUUCACAUUAUGCUGGAGAGGUACAAUAUCAAUCUGACCAAUUUCUAGACAAAAACAAGGACUAUAUAGUGCCUGAACAUCAAGACCUUCUUUGUGCUUCAAAAUGCUCUUUUGUAGCAGGACUCUUCCCUUCAUUAGGUGAAGAGACUUCAAAGUCUUCAAAGUUUUCUUCAAUCGGUUCACGCUUUAAGUUACAACUGCAGCAGUUGAUGGAGACACUGAAUGCUACAGAACCCCACUACAUCAGAUGUGUAAAGCCUAAUAAUCUACUAAAACCUGCUAUAUUUGAAAAUGACAACAUUAUGCGACAAUUGCGCUGUGGUGGUGUUUUAGAGGCAAUUAGAAUCAGUUGUGCUGGAUUCCCUACACGCCGUCCUUUCUUUGAAUUCAUACACAGGUUUGGGCUCCUAGCACCGGAGGUUUUGGAAGGGAGCUAUGACGAAAAAGUUGCAUGCAAGAAGAUUCUUGAAAAAUGGGGGCUGAAAGGGUUUCAGAUAGGAAAGACUAAGGUAUUCCUAAGGGCCGGACAGAUGGCUGAGUUGGAUGCACGACGAGCAGAGGUUCUUAAUAAUGCAGCCAAAGUUAUACAACGACGAAUAAGAACUCACAUCACUCGUAACCAAUUCCUAGCAUUGAGAAAAGCUGCCAUAUCUUUACAGUCUUCAUGUAGAGGCAAACUGGCAUGCAAAGUUUAUGUGCAAAUAAAGACGCAAGCAGCUGCAGUAAAAAUUCAGAAGAACGCACGCAGGCAUCAUGCUAGAAAGGCCUAUAGGAAACUCAAGGUCUCAGUGCUCAUGGUGCAGACCGUUUUGCGAGCUAUGGAUGCUCGCAAGAAAUUCGGGUUUAGGAAGCAAACUGAAGCUGCAAUACGGAUUCAGGCACGGUGGCGUUGUCACAAAGCCUUUUCAUAUUAUAAAAGGCUUAAACGGGGGGUACUUGUUGCACAAUGCAAAUGGAGAGGAAAAUCUGCCAAAAAGGAACUAAGGAAGCUUAAAAUGGCUGCAAGGGAUACUGGUGCGCUCAAAGAGGCAAAGGAUAAGCUUGAAAAACAACUGGAGGAGCUUACAUGGCGAUUGCAACUGGAAAAACGUCUAAGAACUGACUUGGAAGAAACAAAAGCACAAGAGCUAGCAAAGUUGCAAGAGGCUUUGGAAGCUAUGCAAAAAAAAGUUGAUGAAGCAAAUGCAUUGGUUGUGAAGGAACGAGAAGCUGCAAAAAAGGCUAUUGAAGAAGCACCUCCUGUAAUCCAGGAAACUCCAGUCUAUGUCGAAGAUACUAAGAAAGUAGAAUCUCUAACGGAAGAAAAUAACAGUUUAAAGGUUUCUUUAGAACAAGAAAAGCAGAACUGUGAGGACUGGAAGCAGAAAUACACCGAGGCUCAAGAAUCUGGUGAAGAAAGUCGCAGGAAGUUAGAAGACACAGAAAAAAGAGUAGUUCAACUUCAGGAAUCCCUGAAAGGGUUGGAGGAGAAGAUGACAAACUUAGAGUCGGAGAACAAAGUUUUCCGUCAGCAAGCUGUGUCAAUAGCACCUAAUAAGUUCCUUUCUGGACGCUCUAGAUCUAUCAUGCAGAGAAAUGAAAGUGGUCGAAGUUUUGAGGAUACUAGAAUGCACGUGGAUCUUCAUAGCCCUUCAUUGAACCAAAGGGAACUUCCUGAGGCAGAUGACAAACCACAAAAAUCACUUAAUGAGAAACAGCAAGAGAGCCAGGAGUUGCUGAUUCGCUGUAUCGCACAAAAUUUGGGCUUUGCAGGAAACAGGCCAAUUGCAGCCUGCAUCAUUUAUAAGUGUCUUUUGCAGUGGAGAUCAUUCGAAGUUGAGAGAACCACUGUGUUUGACCGAAUCAUCCAAACUAUUGGUCAUGCUAUUGAGAAAAACCAGGACAACAAUGAUGUACUGGCUUAUUGGUUAUCAAAUGCUUCUACUCUUCUAUUGCUACUUCAGCGUACACUCAAAGCAAGUGCUGCUGCAGCAAUGACCCCUCUACGUCGUCGAUCCUCAUCAGCAUCUCUUUUUGGGAGGAUGUCGCAGAGCUUCCGCGGAAACCCUCAAGGAGUCAAUCUUUCCUUUGUGACUGGAGGAGUUGAAACUUUACGCCAAGUAGAAGCAAAAUACCCUGCAUUGCUCUUCAAGCAGCAACUUACAGCAUAUGUGGAGAAAAUUUAUGGAAUGAUUCGUGACAAUUUGAAAAAGGAGAUUUCUCCGUUGCUGGGGUUGUGUAUCCAGGCACCGCGAACUUCAAGAGCAAGCUUGGUUAAAGGGUCUUCGCGUUCAGUAGCUAAUACAGCAGCUCAGCAAGCUUUGAUUGCCCAUUGGCAAGGAAUUGUGAAGAGCCUGGAAACUUUCUUGAACACGUUAAAAGCAAACCAUGUGCCUCCAUUUUUAGUUCGGAAAGUAUUCACUCAGAUAUUUUCAUUCAUCAAUGUUCAGCUUUUCAACAGCCUUCUCUUAAGACGGGAGUGCUGUUCAUUUAGCAAUGGUGAAUACGUCAAAGCAGGACUAGCUGAAUUGGAGCACUGGUGUUUCACCGCAACUGAUGAGUAUGCAGGAGCAGCAUGGGAUGAACUGAAGCAUAUCAGACAAGCCAUUGGUUUUCUUGUUAUACAUCAAAAGCCCAAAAAGACACUGGAUGAAAUAAGCCAUCAACUGUGUCCAGUACUUAGCAUCCAGCAGUUGUAUAGGAUCAGUACAAUGUACUGGGAUGACAAAUAUGGUACACAUAGUGUGUCAUCAGAUGUCAUAUCCAGCAUGAGGUUGUCGAUGACUGAAGAUAAUCAUGCAGUCAGCAACUCUUUUCUCUUAGACGAUGAUUCAAGCAUCCCGUUUUCAGUUGAUGACAUAUCAAAAUCAAUGGAACAAAUAGAUAUAGCUGACAUUGAAUCUCCUCUUCCUCUGCGAGAGAAUUCAGGCUUUAGCUUUUUGUUGCCACGCACAAAUUAAUCCAGUCAAGUGGCACGGAACGUCUUCAUCUUCAAUUCACUUGAGAGGGAAUACAUGACUAUCUGACUACUGUUGUGAAUGUUCUCUAGUAGCAGAUCUAACUUAUUAGCUUCUGUAAACUUCAUAAUUCAAAGAAUGCACCACCCACCCCACCCCCCGCCUCAAAUUCAUGGGGGUGCCAAAGAAGACCACGAGGAAGAGCAACAUUACAUGAUCUGCUCAAAAUAUAGAAGCAUUGCUGCACUCAUCUUUAUACAUAAUUUUCAUUUCACUUUGUAAUACAAGUAGGAUACAUUACGAAUUAGUUGUACACAACUAGGUCCAUAUUUCAUGAAUGAUGCAGUUGCAGCACUUCAAUUUGGAAGAGGAGGGGUGAACGAGAAUACUCAACGUGUCACUUAAAUCUGUAUCUGUAUUAAAAUGUGCAUCUUUUUGAUCAUAGAAGCUGUCCAAGUGUUUGUUGUAUAAAAAAAGUCUCUAUUGAGUUUCUGGGCAUGUAUGGAGUUUUCUUCUUUUACAAUUUUUACACAAUUGUUCAUAGUCUAUACAUACUUUUCUUCUGUU